CAAAGAUGUGCAAGAACAUCGAAUGUGUACAGUGGAAACUGGUGAAUAUUUUUUGACACUAGAUAUUAUCUUAGGGGAAAAGGUUGCAUGGGCCUUUUGUGGAAUUAAAGAAGAGAAACAAGAAGAAGAGCAAAUAAAUGAAAUUUAUUCAGAACUCGGAGGUGGUAUAAUGGUAUGUAGUGAACUAAUACUUAUUAAUUUGAAUUUACAAAUUUUACUGUAUAAUCUAAGUUUUUUUCACUUGUAAUAAUGAAGGAUUUACUUCUUGAUCUAUUUGUUCAUGUUGAUGGACCUAGGUUAAGAGAUCGAGUAGCUCAUGGAGAAGCAAAUCAUUUAAUUGUUUCUCCUGAAUUAUUUAAUCUAUCUAGUCCCUUGUAUAAUUAUUUUAUAGGUCUUCUAAUAGUAUUAUGGAAUAAAUACGAAACAAAGAUAUCAUUGAUUUAUGAAGAUGAAGAUAUAAUCAACAAGGAUUAUAGCUUUAUUCAAACUAUAGAUAUUGAAUCUUACGAAAAAUGGAUAUCCAAUUAUCGUUCUAGAUUUCAUCCUAUUUCUAUGUUGUGGAAAGAAAGUGUUCAAGUAAUUACAAAUGUUUGGAAAUGUUGGAAUGUCUGUCAAGAGAUGGUAAAAACUGGCAGGUUUAUAAUGGGUAAUUGGGUUGAAUUUCCUUGGAUUACUAUUGAUGGUAGUUCAGAAUAUCAUAGUUUAUUUGAAUAUGGUUUUCUCAAAGAUGUUGUGAAACUUGAUAACAUUUAUUUAGUAGUACAGGAAUGUUGUUCAAGACUUUAUAAGUGUAAACUUGGGAAGGCAAAAAACAAUAAAAAAGCCAUAUACUGGAAUGAAAUUAAUUAUACAAAAGAUGAUGCCAAAGUUAUUAAUUUUAGACGUGGUGUGAUUAAGAAAGCUAAUGCCGGUGUUGAAAAGGUAAUUUAUUUGUAAAAUCUUUAUUUUAAAUUAUUUUAUCUAAAUCAUAAUAUUGAUUAUCCAGUUACAUUCGAUACUUACAACUCUACAAUCAUCAACUUCUUUAUCAUCACGUAAACGUAAGAAUACACAAACAUUAUUUAAUUUAUUUCCGAGUAUUUUUCAACAAUUAUAUUAUGCAUUAUUAACUCUUGAACAGACCAGAGAUCAAAAAUUAAUGUUGGCAAUAUUAAUAUUUAUUGAAAGAUGGAACGGAUUUUGUGUUGAAGGAAAUUGGAAAAAUAUCAAUAAAGCAUUUGAAGAAUUUAUUAAAAUCAGAUAAUAUAAC